CUAUCUCCUGCUUUAUACUCCAGUACAGUUGGUGGCGUUAAUGCUCCUCUGAGCGACAGGAUGUAGUAAUGUAGUUUCCAGCUCUCUCUCCCAGUUAGCAUGUUUGACAGGGCUAAUAUCGUUGUGUGAGUAAUGUUAGGAAAAGCCGUCAGGAUUGAGUGUUCUUGUCCUUCUUUGACUCUUCUCUCUGUGUCAAAUGUCCGGGUUUGAGGAUCUUAAAGAUUUAUUCAGACGGCGGCUGCUCGCUGCGGCUCACAGAGACCCGAGAGGACAAACAACAACAACAUGUGGAUAUGAAGAGGAGCUCCUCCGACAAAGAAAACUACUGGAUGUGAUUUUAACUCCUGAAAUAAAGCUGCAGAGAGCAGUGUUUCCUGCAGACGUCCAGCUGCUGAUGGUGAAAAAAGAAGAGGUUCCCCCUGAGCAGCAGGAGUGUAGCCCCAGUCUGGACCAGGAGGACACUAAGCACUUUAAAGAGGGGCAGGAGGAACUCUCAAGAAGUCAGGUAGGAGAGCAACUACAAGCACGGGAGGAUGCUGAUACCAACAAGUUCACCUUCACUCCUGUCCCUGUGAAGAGUGAAGACGAUGAAGAGAAACCUCAGUCCUCACAACUUAAUCAGAGACAAAUUAAACAGAUGGAAACAGGUGCGGAUAGAGAGGACUGUGUAGGAGCAGAACCAGAGACGGACUCAGAUCCAGAAAGACAUUUACAACCAGAGAUCAAGGUCAAGACCGAAGACUCUACUGAACCUGAGACAUUUGAAUGCAAUGAUUUGAGUCAGGCCAGAGAACAUCCCUCAGGUUUGAAGUCUGUGGAAAGAGAUGAAGAUAAAGGACAAAAAACUGAUAAGAAAUCCCACGAAUGCUCUGAGUGUGGUAAAACAUUCAAAAUGAAAUGUAUACUGAUCAAACACAUGAAAGUUCACACAGGAGAGAAACCCUUUAGCUGUUUAAAGUGUGGUAAAAGAUUUACUAGAAAACAUGGUCUGACAACACACAUGAUUAGUCACACAGGAGAGAAACCCUUUAGUUGUUCUGAAUGUGGGAAAAGAUUUAACAGAAAUGGUAGUCUGAAACUUCACAUGGUGCAUCACACAGGAGAGAAGGUCUUCAGCUGCUCUGAGUGUGGUAAAAUAUUUAAUAAUAAGAAUUGUCUGACCAGACACAUUUUAGUGCACACAGGAGAGAAACCCUUCAGUUGCUCUUUUUGCAGUAAGAGAUUUACCCAAAAGGGCCACCUGAUAUCACACAUGUUGGUUCAUACUGGAGAGAAACUAUUCAGGUGCUCCGAGUGUGGUAAAAGAUUUAAGCGUAAUUAUAAUCUGACAGUUCAUAUGACCUAUCAUACAGGAGAGAAAAGCUACACCUGUAGUGUUUGUGACCAAAGAUUCUUUUGGCACAGUCAGUUAAAAAGACAUGCUUGUACUGGUGUCCAGGUAUCCGAUCUUUAUCAAAACCAAACUGAGGAGAAAAGAGAGAGAGAAACAGGAGCUGAUGAAGAGGACUGUGGAGGAGCAGAACCAGAGAGGGACUCAGAUCCAGAGAGAAAAUUAAAACCAGAGACUGAGGUCAAGACUGAAGACCUUAAUGGUGAUUGUAAGAAGACCAGAGAACAUCAUUCAGGUUUAAACUUGCUGAGACACUUUGACGUCUCCAAGAGUUCAGCAAUGUUUGAAUCUGACAGGAAACAACUUCUCUGCUUGGAGUCUGAUCAACUUUUCAGUGGAUCAUGUGACAACCAGUUAACACAAAGAGAAGGUCUGGGCCAACACAUGGAAGUCCAAGGAAGGGUACACAGAGGGGCCAAGCAGGAGGACACAGAGCCUUCACUCGUUAAAGAGGAGCAGGAGGAAGUCUGGAUCAGUCAUGCUGAUACCGACAAGAUCCCCUUAAUUUCUGUCCGUGUGAAGAGUGAAGAUGAUGAAGAGAAACCUCAGUCCUCAGAGCUUCAUCAGAGACAAACUGAACAGAUUGAAACAGAAGAUGAUGGAGAGGACUGUGGAGGAUCAGAACCAGGCAGAGACUUUAAUCCAGAAAGUCAUUUACAGACAGUUUCUAUUGAUGAGACUCCACAUCUGUCUGGAUCUGAUACUGAUGACAGUGGUGAUUGGGAGAGGAGUAAUGAACCCCAGGAAGGUUUAAACCCUCUGCAAAACAAAGACUUACCUGUAAGUGAUAUGAACUGUAAUACUCAAAAUACAUCAGUUAGCUCCUCUGAAUGUGCUCCAAGCUUUGGACAAAAGGAACAACUGCAGAAAAACAAAGAAAUCAAUACAGGAGAGAAACCAUUCAGUUGCUCGGUUUGUGGUAAAAGAUUCACACAAAGUGGAACCCUUAAACGACACACUGUUGUCCACACAGGGGAGAAACCGUUUAGUUGUACACUUUGUGGUAAAAGAUUCACUCGAAGAGGAACCCUUAAACACCACUCUGUUGUCCACACUGGGGAGAAACCUUUUAGUUGUGUAUUAUGUGGUCACAGAUUUGCGAGUAGUGGAGAUCUUAAAAGACACACAAUUGUCCACACAAGAGAGAAACCGUUUAGUUGUUUAGUUUGUGGUCACCGAUUCACUGACAGUGGAUCUCUCAAAAGUCACUCUUUUUUACACACAGGAGAGAAACCAUUCAGUUGCUCAAUUUGUGGUAAAAGAUUCACACAAAGAGGAGUUCUAAAAAGACACUCUAUUUUACACUCAGGGGAGAAACAGUUUAGUUGUUCAGUUUGUGGUAAAAGAUUCACACGAAGAGGAACCCUUAAACAUCACUCUUGUAUCCACACAGGGGAGACAUCUUUUUAGUUGUGUAGUAAGUGGUCACAGAUUUACAAGUAGUGGAGAUCUAAAAGGACACUCUUUGUUGUUCAGUUUGUAGUGUGAAAUUCUCAAGCAAUGUAGAUCCAAAAAGUCACAUUUUUGAGAGAAACCAGACAGGAAACAAAGACCCUGUAGUGUAAGAGAAUGAGUGAAAAACCAUUAACAAAAUAAAAGCACAGCAAAGAACCGUUUGCAGAAAUAUUCUCUUUAUUGUUAACUUCAACUGGGUUAGGUCUAAAAGCUGUCAAACUAAGCUUUACUAUUAUUUGAGGUGAGGAUGGAUACUAACAAUAGAUCUUAUUUUACAUUCAUGUCUUACAUAUUUUUGCUUGAGUAUGGAUAUUGUGGAACAGUGGGUGUAUUUAGGGGGCUGCUGCUGAGUCACGUUUGGCCGAAUGUUAGGGGUCAGUGUUGGCCAGAAGAGCCAGCCAUAGCCCUGGCAAUAAGUGAGUAGCCGGAUAUUUUCUUUAAAUAAACAGUACUUUUUAAACCUGAAAUUGUGAUCGUGAUCUCAAUAUUGAUUAAGAAUAUUCAUGAUUAUCAUUUUGAUCAAUAUUUAGUUUUUUUGUUGCUGAUAGAUGCCUGUAUGUCUGAGCACUUUAACCUGAAGCAUUUCAAAUGUUGUUGUAUAAUAGUAGAAAGAAUAGUCCGCACACCGGAAGCUGCUCCAAUUAAGUUAAAUUUAAUGGAAAAAAUGUAACGCAAGAAUUACCACCAACCCUUACCCUACUGGUGGUAAUUUUUCCAUUAAAUUUAACUUAAUUGGGGCACCUUCUGGUGUGCAGACUAUUCGUUCUAAUUUUUGACUUUUUUCUGUUCAGCACACAGUACUUGUUUUCGGAUGUGCGUGCUUUUUGAUACAAUUCUAUAAUAACAAUAAAUGCUUUCUUCUUUUUUGCACUAAA